AUAUCACGUGGAGAUGAACUCGCCUUAAAGUGCCAUCGCACCUAAACCAGCCCAACUCAAUUCCACUGACACGACCCACUCGACUCAUCCCUCUCAUCUCUCUCCCAUCUCCCUCUUUCUUCGUCUUCUUCUUCUCGUACAUCUCUCAAACUCUCUCCCUUUCCACAUGUCUGAAAAAGAGGUCCUCUACGCAAGGCAAGGCGCCGUCGCCACUGUCACCCUCAACCGCCCCAAGCGCGGUAACGCCCUCUCAGGUCCCAUGGUCAGCCAGUUCGUCCAGAUCCUCCAAUCCGCUAUUGACGACCCAGCUGUCCGUGUUAUCGUCGUCACCGGCAAUGGCAAGUACUUUUGCACUGGCAUGGACCUCACCCCUCAGGACGACUCACCCUCGGCCUCAGAUCCUGUUGCUCAAACUCAAGCCAUGUUCACCACCCUGGCCCGCUGCCCGAAACCCACCAUCGCUCGUAUGAACGGCCCAGCUCUCGGAGGCGGCGUCGGCAUUGUCUUUGGCUGCAAUUUCAGGAUCGUCCAUCCAAAUGCCUACUUCAGCAUGCCAGAGGUCCACCGAGGCUUGAUUCCUGCCUUGAUCUCAGAGGUGAUCGUUCCUCAAUUAGGUGCCUUCCGAUCCAAGCAGUACAUGCUUUCGGGCGAACGCGUCUCGGCGCAGGAGGCCUAUCGUGUUGGAUUCGUCACCGCCGUGGCAGAGGAUGAAGACACACUCGACAAAAAGGUCAAAGAGUACGUGGAUCUCCUGGUCCAGUCCGGUCCAGGAGCUAUGCGGGAUGUUAAGCAAUUAGUCGAUGCGGUCGAUCUUCGUGGAGGAGACGACAAAGCGGUUGCAAGCUAUGUUCGCGAAGCGUUUGGAAAAAUGAUCACCUCCGAGGAGGCUGCCCAUGGCAUUGGUGCAUUUGCCAGCCGAGAGAAACCUAACUGGGAUGAGUUUGGUCUCGGUUCAGAAAAGCUAAAGUCCAAGCUGUAGAUGAUCUCACCUCGGUCGCUCCAUAUUUUUUUGUCGCGCCUCGCUCUUACCGGGUGCAUGUAAAAUAAAGAUAAAUUGAAUA